AUGCAACUCAAGAGGGCAGCGCGUGUAAUUCUAAUUGGGGCGCCCGGCGUGGGCAAGGGGACUCAGAGCGAGAGGCUGCUCAGACGUUUCCCUCAACUCAAGGCCAUCAGCACCGGCGACCUCCUCCGUCACAAUGUCAAGAACAGGACGCCUCUUGGCAUCAUGGCUGAAAACACCAUCAAGUCGGGAGGCCUGGUCGCCGACGACCUGAUGCUCCGCCUCAUCUCAGCAGAGCUCCGCUCCAGAGGCUGGCUUCUCGGCGGCGGCAGAGCCCCCCUCAUGACGCUCUCCGCCGAGGCAACCUCCGCAGCCGCCGAAGGCUCCUUUCACCACCACUCCGACCCCUCCAUGGACGCCUUCAACGCAAUGACGUUCCACAUCGACGAGCACGCCGUGCCCCAGGCGUCCGAGGACCCCAACGCCUCCUUCAUGCUCGACGGCUACCCCCGCACCGUCUCCCAGGCCGUCACCCUCGACAGGCUCGUGCCCAUGAACCUCGUCGUCUCCCUCCAGACGCCCUUCUCCGUCAUCCUCGAGCGCAUCGCCGGCCGCUGGGUCCACGAGCCCUCGGGCCGCGUCUACAACACCGCCUUCAACCGCCCGCGCGUGCCCGGCCGCGACGACGUCACCGGCGAGCCCCUCGUCCAGCGCCCGGACGACAACGAGGAGACGUACCGCGCCCGCUUCCGCAAGUUCCAGGAGAACAGCGAGCCCAUCCUCAACCACUACGCCAAGAAGGGCGUCUUGCUCGAGAUUGAGGGCAUGAGCAGCGAUGAGAUCAGUCCCAAGCUGUACGAGGCUUUCGAGGCUCGCUUUGUUCGGUGA